AUGCUCCGGAAUCCUGCGCAAGCGACGAAAUCCAACCUCGCUGGUAUUACCCAUGUCAUCUCCCGAAUGAACUGGUACUGCGCCCUCGCCGAACAUCUCCUGAACAAGAAUAUCAUUACCGGCGACUGCAACUUUUCCAAAGAACAGACAAGGACUUUCCUAGGAAAUCUCGUCAAUUGCACUAAGGGGAUAGAAGCACGGCUCGGCAACGUCCAUCAGACCCUUCAAGACUUCAUCUCGCUGCAGAAGGACGCCCAUAGGGAUGAUAUCGAGUCAGCGUGCCGCAAAGAUCUCCGCGUCGUUGAUCCGCAACACGACAUGGAGCGGAUCGAGAAGAGUAAGGAUGAGCUGCUCGAUGACGCGUACAAGUGGAUCCUUCGCACCCCGGAGUACGAAGCGUUCACAAACUGGGACGAUAGCGGAUCCGAUCGUCCGCUACGUCGAUUACUCUGGAUAAAAGGACACGCCGGCACGGGAAAGACAAUGCUCAUAAUCGGCCUCAUUCGCCAACUCUCUCAUCAGCCUGUUGCCCUAUCACCAGCACUUUCCUUCUUCUUCUGCCAAGGUACAGAUACAGCCUUGAACAACGCCACCGCCGUCCUCAGGUCUUUGAUCUGGCUUCUUCUUCAGCAGCCAUACCUCAUAUCCCAUCUACUUCAGAAGUACAAAGAGUCAGGCGCCGAUCUCUUCAGGGACCAAAAUGCCUUUAUCGCCCUGUCCGAGGCGUUUCGGAAUAUGUUGAAGGAUCCUAAGUUGUCACCUGUGUACCUCGCGGUCGAUGCGCUUGAUGAGUGCGCGCAGGGGCGGCCGGACCUCAUCCAUCUCAUUUCAACUUCUCUCAACCUGUCCCAGAAGGUGAGAUGGCUGCUCUCUAGCCGUCCGGAAGUAGACCUUCUUGCUGAGCUCAAAGAUCCGGGCACCAACUCCGCAGACGCUUCCAAAUCCCUUGUCGAGCUGGAUACCCAACGUCUGAAAGAUCCUGUCAACACAUUCAUUGAUCAUAAGCUCAUCACCCUCAGGUGCAGAAAAGGAUACAAUGACAGUGUUUUGGCUGAGGUCGCUCAUGAAGUCCGCCAACGAGCUGAAAACACCUUCCUCUGGGUGGCUCUCCUGUUCAAAGAACUCGGUUUGGUGGACGGCUGGGAUGCUGUUGAGGCCGUCCAGAAGAUCCCCCCCGGCUUAGCAGAUUUAUACGGCUAUAUGAUGACCAAGAUUGAUGAAGGGAACGAACGGAAUCGGCAACGUUGCAAGGAUGUGCUAGUAGCCACAUUCCUCGCGUACCGCCCUCUGUCUCUUUCAGAGCUUGUUGUGGUUGCAGGGGACACUGUUCACCUGAUUCACCAAUCGGCCAAGGACUACCUGGAGAAGAAUUACCAGUCUAGACUUCAGCCAGCUGGUCCCGCUCAAGGGUAUACCGAGAUCGCCAGCCGCUCGAUUGAUGCGAUGUCCUUAAUACUAAGACGCAAUAUGUACAACCUCGACCUCGGCUUUAAACCGGAGAAUAUAACGCCCCCUAAUCCCGAUCCGCUGGCUCCAAUACGAUACUCUUGUGUCUUCUGGGCCGACCAUCUCUGCUCCCUAAACAGCGACAACUCCGGGUUCCUAGAAGAACUGACAGACGACGGAAAGAUAUACGGCUCCGCGCUCGUAUUUAGCCCAACUUUGAGCGAGAUCAGAAAUCGGUAUUGGAAGGAAAGGUUGCCUUUUAUCGAAAUAACCGCUGGUAUUAGAGACCACUGGGGCGCGUACCGGCAGACACUCGAGGGGUAUAACUGCUUGGUUAGCAUAGUAGCAUUCUCGCCGGAUGGUAACACGCUUGUAUCGGCUUCGGCCGAUACAACGAUCCGGCUCUGGGAUAUAGCAACGGGCGCGUACCGGCAGACGCUCGAGGGGCAUAGCCUCUGGGUCACCGCAGUAGUAUUCUCGCCGGACGGCAAUAUACUCGCGUCGGCUUCAGUCGAUCAGACGAUCCGGCUCUGGGAUAUAGCAACCAGCACACACCGGCAGACGCUCGAGGGGCAUAGCAACUCGGUCACCACAGUAGCCUUCUCACCGGACGGCAAUAUACUCGCAUCCAGCGGGAGACGCUAUUCCGGAACGAUACCCUACGGAGGCACGACGGUCUCAGCAAGGCGAAGAGCUCACUGCUGA